AUUAAAUAAAAUAGACAUUAAACAAUUGUUAAAUGAUUCCUCAGAAUCACCAGAACAAUUACCUGAAAAUAUAGCAGCUACCCUUCCACCAAAUUAUGAUUAUAUAGUUUCUGAGAUUCAACAACUUCCCGAUUAUAUUACAUCGGAAGGAUUUUCAUGUAAUGGUAAUAAGUUUUUGAAUAGUAUCAGCAUAUCUCAGAUGACUAAUGAAGCUCAGAAGUUAAAAGAAUUUAAUGUGAACAAAAUUAUAGUUUCAAA